AUGGAUACACACGAGGGCGGCCUGCUCAAAGUUUUGUGUCUGUUGUGCACCAUCAUAUCGUCUGGAGGUCACCCCCACGAGGAGGAUGUUCUGGAGGAGCUGGACCACGAGUCGCAUCUGUUCUCUCAUCUCCUGGACGACCACCACUACAUCCGUCACCUUCGUCCCGCCAGCGUUAACCAGACUCUCACCGUCAGGUUGGCAGUGGGGGUUACCGCCAUCACAGAUCUGUUCUCAAGAGCUGUCGGCAUCUUUAUUAUUAAAGACGUAUUGGCGAGAUUUUCGGCUGAGCUGGAACACGAGUCAGUAUGGAGGCGUAUCCUCAUUGUCAGUGCCUGCCUCGCAGAUCUGGAAGCCCGACUUCAGUAUGCUACACACGAUGUAUGGCUCUUUGAACACCUAUCCCACGACCUGGCGUCUAUAGCAGCAACUGGCGAUGUUUCCCUGUAUUCUCACUACCGAGUCAGGAGCAGAUGCCCCAUCAACAUCAGCAACUUCCCCUACGACUCCCACCUGUGUCACAUAACGUUGCUCGACACCUCCUACUCCUCUCAGCUCAUCAGGCUCCAUUUCCUGCACCCUGGACAUGAUGACGUCAAUCAUGACCAGGCUGACCUCGAGGCCAAUAUCGGCAGUCAAUGGACGGCCAAAGCUAGUACUGUUAAGAAGACCAUUGGUCAACUGUUUGAUCCCGAACUAGUUGACUACAUCAGCGUGAGCGUGCGCCUUGUUCGAAAAUCCCAGUUUUACCAUUGCGUCGUUGUCGGUCCGGCCGUCCUCAUUUCUCUUCUGGUUCCAGUGAUCUUUCUAAUGCACGUCGACUCUACAGCAAAGACAACUCUAGGUGCAUGUGUCCUCAUCUGCUUGACAGUGUUGCUGAAACAUUUCUGUGACAUCCUCGGUCCUAACAGGUCCGAAACUCCAAACAUAGCGGUGUUCUACGUGGUGACGAUGGCACUGUCCAGCGUGAGCAUCAUCAUGGCGACGUUGGUGACGUCCACGUCGAGGCGAGGCAGCACAGGGAAGUCUGUUCCCGCAUGCCUGAGUUCAAUGCUGCUUGGUCGAUACGGCCUCCGUCGGUGGCUCUGCAUGGACUCCUACAACAACGUGGACCAGACUGCGAGCUUCGUGUCCAUGAAGACCUCGGCCGACUACCCUGAACAGGACUCUGAUGUCACACCUCUGAAAGACGGCGAAAGCGACCUGAAGGAGGUCUCGCGCAAUCUGCGCAUGCUCGUUGGUAGAUAUUCUGCGGAUCAGGUCAUCAAACACAACGACUCGGAAUGGCGGGAGGUCGCUCUUGUCAUCGACCGUCUACUUUUCCUGAUCUUCCUCGGGCUUUUUCUUCUGACCACUUUGUCUCUUCUCACAUGAUGGAUACAGCUAACAAGAUUCCUUCAGGGGUAUUCAGGGGUUUCUCUGAUAAUCACGAUCCCGAAGCUAUUCUGUUAGUUUGCUUAAUUAGGCAUGACCUGUGUUGUAUGAGCUCCAACUGCCUAGUCGCUUGUGUAUGUGUUGUAAACUUUAUCUCUCACUACCCCACAUGGACAAAUGGGUUACUGCCUUGAAUUUUCUUUAUUGUCAAAUGUUACAACCGUAUUCACAGUCUAGUGAUCAGAGCUAAACUCUUUCGUUUCCCGUACUGUAUUGAGGGUUUGUUCCGAAAGAGAAUAGUAUAGGAUGUUGUCAUGUCAUGUUACUGAUACGUGCAGGAGGAGCAUGAAGCUGAAGAAGGGGAUGUUUCGGUGGGUAUGUUUGGGCAUGAGAGUAUAUAGGGGUUGUACCUUCAGUGGGCCUGUUUGUUUAGAGAGUGCAUACGGGUUGUACCUUCAUUGGGCCUGUUCGUUUAGAGAGUUCAUAGGGGUUGUACCUUCUUUGGCAGGUUUGUUUAGAGAUUUCAUAGGGUACCUUCAUUUGGUAGGUUUCUUAUCUGAGAGUUUAUAGGGGUUGUACCUUCGUUGUAUGUUCAUUUGGCAGGUUUGUUUUCAGAGACUUCUUAGGGGUUGUACCUUCAGUUUAGAGAGUUGAUAGG